GGGAAGAACACCGCGAACGGCGAGGAGGAGGCGCGCAACACAAGCAGCCAAACAAACCGACCGCUGCAUAGUCAACUCCGCCAUCGAGUCCCUGGGGUAAGCCGAAGAGAGUCGUCACGGGAGAGGGAAGGAGAACCCUCUACAGUCUGCAGAAUGUUCUCCUCGGUGCAGGCCUACGAGGGUCAGCAGUUUGCAGAACUAAGGAAACAGUGCCAGCAGAGCAGGAAGCUGUUUGAGGAUCCUCUCUUCCCUGCCACAGAGCAGUCCUUGUUCUAUCAGGAAAAUCGCAUAGGUACAGUCACCUGGAAGAGACCCAAGGAACUCUGCGAUGAUCCACAUCUUUUUGUCCAUGGGAUCAGUGCCCAUGACCUGCACCAGGGGCAGCUGGGAAACUGCUGGUUUGUGGCUGCCUGUUCCAGCCUGGCUUCCAGAGAGGCACUGUGGCAUAAAGUGAUUCCUGACUGGAAAGACCAGGAAUGGGAUAACAACAAGCCUGAGGCUUACGCUGGGAUCUUCCACUUCCGCUUCUGGCGCUUCGGCCAUUGGAUAGAUGUCGUUAUCGAUGAUCGCCUGCCCAUUGCCAACGGGAAUCUGGUUUACUGCCAUUCAAACGACAAAAAUGAGUUCUGGAGUGCCCUGGUGGAGAAAGCCUAUGCCAAGGUGUACGGCUGCUAUGAGGCUCUAGAUGGCGGCAACACAGCUGACGCGCUGGUGGAUUUCACUGGAGGCGUGUCGGAGCCCGUCGAGCUGCUGGAGGGCCACUAUGGCCAGGACGAGGAGGCACGUAACCAACUGUUUGAGCGCGUCCUUAAAGUCCACCAGCGGGGUGGCCUGAUCAGCUGCUCCAUCAGGGCAACCAGUCAGGCGGACAUGGAGGCCCGGCUGGACUGCGGCCUGGUGAAGGGCCACGCCUACGCAGUGACGGAGGUGCAACGGGUACGUCUGGGCCACGGCCUGCUGGCCUUCUUCAAGGCUGAGAAGCUCUCCAUGAUCCGCCUCCGUAACCCCUGGGGCGAGAGAGAGUGGAACGGACCGUGGAGUGACAGCUCUGAGCAAUGGCAGAAGGUCAGUAAGAGUGAGAGGGAGAAACUGGGUGUCGUCGUGCAGGACGAUGGUGAAUUCUGGAUGGAUUUCGAAGACUUCGCUAAGCACUUCACAGACCUGAUCCUGUGUCGGCUCAUCAACACGUCCUACCUGAGCGUCCAUAAGACCUGGGAGGAAGUGGUGAAAUUUGGCUCCUGGGUCCACGAGACUGACCCGCUGAGAAACCGCGCGGGAGGAUGCAUAAACCACAAAGGCACGUACCCCCAGAACCCCCAGGUGUGUGCGCAGGAGAUGGUGGAGUGCUGCUUUUCGUGUGUGUGUGUGUGUGUGUGUGUGUGUGUGUGUGUGUGUGUGUGUGUGUGUGUGUCUGGUACGGCUUUAUUUCCAGUAUGUAUUUUUCUGUUUUGUCUCCAGUAUGUGUUUGAUGUGAAGAAGCCUGAGGAUGAGGUUUUGAUCUGCCUUCAGCAAAGAGACAGAAGAGCUCGACCCAAAGAGGGCAAAGGAGAAAACCUGGCAAUUGGGUUUGACAUUCAACGGGUGGAGCUGAACAGGAUCUACCGCAUGCACAUAAGCCAGCAGAAGAUGUGCAGCUCCGUCUACAUCAACUCUCGCAGUGUGUUCCUGCGUAAGGAUCUCAAAGAGGGCCGCUAUGUCGUCAUCCCCACGACUUUUGACCCAGGCCUGCAGGGAGACUUUCUACUGCGAGUCUUCACAGAUGUGCCUUCAGACUGCAAGGAGCUCACCCAGGAUGAGCCACCUCAGACCUGUUGGACGGGUCUGUGUGGCUACCCUAAGCUGGUCACUCAGGUGCAUGUGAUGAAAGGCACUGGACUACAGGCACAGGACUCUGACGGAUCCUCGGACCCGUACGUCAUCAUCAGCUGUGAAGGGGUGAAGGUGCAGUCCCCCGUACAAAAAGACACGCUGACCCCAGACUUUGACGUGAAGGCACUGUUCUACAGAAAGAAACCCAAAGCCAACAUUCUCAUUCAGAUCUACAAUAAGAACAUGCUGAGAGACUCGUUCAUGGGCCAAGCGACUCUGAGUGCUGACGUGUCGGACGUGCAGCAACAAACCGUGCGCCUGCGGAACAAAGGCCAGGGCAGCGACCUCCCAGGCAUACUCAGCGUGAGUGUCCUCACCAGCAACGUCCUCACCGGCAUCUGAGGGUGACCUGACCGGUCCAUGCCGCCAUCAUGCUUCCCUUCAGCAUUAUGAAAGCUGUUGCAGGUCGGGUACUUUUGAAUUUUGUGUCAUUUUUACUAAUUGUGGCCUUUUGUUUCCAAGGCCUCUUGGAACAAAAAUGGAAUUAUAUUACAUCAUCACUUUAGCUUAUUCCUUCUACUGUAGGUGUCAAGGUCAGUUUUUAGGGGUCAAAUACUUGAUUUAAAAUGAUGCCACUAUCAAACCAAAGAAAGCCAUUCUUGUCUGAAGGGCAGGGAAUUGUGUGUAGUGACCAAAUAGAGUCUCAGCUGCCAAUCAACCAUCCAACGUGCUGGAUAGUAAUUAAACUCGUUUACACAAUGGAGUUAGUACUCAGGAAGUGUCAGUACUGGAAACACUAUUGCAGGGCAUGUGACAUUUGCUUUAGGAUGGGUAAUGUGCGCGCCUGUAUCACUGUACCACUGCCCUGUGACCCAACAUUCCACGACAAGCUUCAAACUCCUCUCAAACUCUUCGUUUGGGACCAGACAGCCAGUCGGAUGGACAUAAUGGCCUUCACACCUGUGUUCUUAUUAACACUGUUUACAAAGAUCAGGAAGAGUCAAAAGUGCCAUCACAGGAGGUAUGACUAAUGUAAUGAACAAAAAUGGCCAUUUGGUGGCAGUAUGUAAUCAGAAGGGUGUUCCUGUCGCUGAGAUUAUUUGUUUACUCAUUUGUUACUCUGUUGCCUUAACUAAAAUAUCUUCUAAUAUUCAUAAAUUGAUAUGUAUGUUUUCCUACUCUUUGUAAAAGUACUAUAUAUUUUUAUAUGCAUUUUAAUCUGUGGGCCGCCUUCUGCCAAAGGGCACUGUCAUUUUUUUUACAGAGUUGGCGAUGAUGCAUUUCACUGGACAUAUCAGAUGAUCUGUUUCCCACCAUGUUAAGAUGUAAUGACCAAAUAAUUUGUACAACAUGUAUAUACAUACAUAAAUAUGCUGUGAAAUAAAUUUAUUUUAACUGAAAAGUGAACUGUUUGCUAUCGGGCAUAGAACAGACACAGACAAAAUUAAGUCCUUUAGUGUGUGUGCAGUGUGGGUGGUGUGUGUGCAUGUCACAGGGAGAGUACCUGGCCUCAUAACUCCUCCUUCGGGUCCCUUUCUUCAUUUCAUGGGCACUAUUUUAAAGUGGCACUCUACACAUUGCGAUCAUCAUUUCUUGCCUAUAUGUCUGCACUAGUUGGUCUUACUCAUUUAAGAGUCAACAAAAUAUUUGCUGGAUGAUUUGCCUGCUCUAAACAUGAAUUUUUCAGUCUUUAAUCGCAUUUCAAAAACAUGUUUAAGGCUAAAAUGGGUGGGGUUGUUGUGAGGCGAUGAAGAAGCAUAAUGAGAUGUAGUAUGCAUCCACAUUGCCAAAAUUUGUUUGUGUAUCUACAGCUCACUAAAGUUAAUUCUGAAAUAAAAAAAUA